AGAGAUCAAGGGGGUGUCAUUCUAUUGACAGGACAAUUGUAAGGCAUUCCCCCCUGCGCGGAGGAGAGCGAACAGGGAAGCGCACCGACACUGGCAGCAGCAGCGCUCCAUCCUCUCUGAUAAAGGUCUAUACUUCUGGAAGAGGUUCCUGCAAAAAGGCCGGCCCAUCCUCCCGAUUCUCUCCCGGACCCUCCUCUCAUCCGGAGCCAUAAAAUGAGCAGCGCCCACCCGAGGCUCACCCAGAGCGGAGCAGCGGCAGCAGGAGCAGCUUCAUCAGCCGGGGCGGAUCCAGCAGAGAUGCCGGCUACGGAGAAGGACCUGGCGGAGGACGCGCCGUGGAAGAAGAUCCAGCAGAACACCUUCACCCGCUGGUGUAACGAGCACCUGAAAUGUGUCAACAAGCGGAUCGCCAACCUGCAGGUGGACCUGGGAGACGGGCUGCGGCUCAUCGCCCUGCUGGAGGUCCUGAGCCAGAAGAAGAUGUACCGCAAGUACAACCAGAGACCUACCUUCCGCCAGAUGCAGCUGGAGAACGUGUCCGUGGCCCUGGAGUUCCUGGACCGGGAGAACAUCAAGCUGGUCUCCAUAGACAGCAAAGCUAUUGUAGAUGGGAACCUCAAGCUCAUCCUGGGUCUCAUCUGGACCCUUAUUCUGCACUAUUCCAUCUCCAUGCCCAUGUGGGAUGAAGAAGAGGAUGAAGACGUUAAACAGAAGACACCUAAGCAGAGGCUUUUGGGAUGGAUCCAGAAUAAGCUGCCCCAGCUACCCGUCACCAACUUCAGCAGGGACUGGCAAAGUGGCAAAGCUCUGGGUGCCCUGGUUGAUAGCUGUGCUCCUGGUUUGUGCCCUGACUGGGAUUCCUGGGACACCAGCAAACCUGUGGAGAAUGCACGUGAAGCCAUGCAGCAGGCCGAUGAUUGGCUGGGAAUUCCUCAGGUCAUCACUCCAGAGGAAAUCGUUGAUCCCAAUGUGGAUGAGCACUCUGUCAUGACCUACUUGUCCCAAUUCCCCAAAGCCAAACUGAAGCCUGGAGCUCCCCUCAGACCCAAACUCAACCCCAAGAAAGCCAGAGCUUAUGGACCAGGUAUUGAACCAACUGGCAACAUGGUGAAGAAACGUGCAGAAUUCACAGUAGAGACCAUCAGUGCCGGCUCUGGUGAGGUUAUUGUUUAUGUAGAGGAUCCAGCAGGACACAAAGAAGAGGCAAAAGUGACUGCAAACAAUGACAAGAAUAGGACCUUCUCUGUGUACUACAUUCCCAAAGUUACUGGGAUGCACAAGGUUACUGUUCUGUUUGCUGGCCAACACAUCGCCAAGAGCCCCUUUGAAGUGAAUGUUGACAAAUCCCAAGGGGACGCCAGUAAAGUAACCGCACAGGGACCCGGACUUGAGCCCGCUGGAAACCUUGCUAAUAAGUCCACCUACUUUGAAAUCUUCGCAGCAGGCGCUGGUCUUGGCGAUGUGGAGGUAAUUAUUCAGGACCCGUUUGGGAAGAAAGAUACAGCAGAUGUCCAGCUGGAGGAUAAAGGCAGCAGCACUUACCGCUGCACCUACAAACCUACCGUGGAAGGAGUUUACACCAUCUUCAUAACAUUUGCUGGAAGUCAGAUUCCCAAGAGCCCAUACACGGUCAAUAUUGGGCAAGCUUCAAACCCCACUGCCUGUCGUGCUGUGGGCCGUGGCUUGCAGCCAAAGGGUGUACGUGUGAAGGAGACAGCCGACUUCAAGGUCUACACCAAAGGAGCAGGAAGUGGAGAACUUAAAGUCAUCAUCAAGGGACCAAAGGGAACUGAGGAACGUGUUAAACAAAAGGAUCUGGGUGACGGGGUCUAUGCCUUUGAGUACUUUCCUACCACCCCUGGAAAUUACACUGUAACAAUUACAUGGGGAGGACAGCACAUCCCAAGAAGUCCAUUCGAAGUGAAGGUUGGCACAGAAUGUGGGCACCAAAAAGUACGUGCAUGGGGUCCCGGUCUGGAAGGAGGAGUUGUUGGAAAAUCUGCAGACUUUGUGGUUGAAGCCAUUGGUGAUGAUGUUGGUACUUUAGGAUUUUCUGUGGAAGGACCAUCUCAAGCCAAGAUUGAGUGUGAUGACAAAGGAGAUGGCUCAUGUGAUGUGCGUUACUGGCCACUGGAGGCUGGAGAAUAUGCUGUUCAUGUUUUGUGUAACAACGAAGAUAUAAAACUGAGCCCCUUCAUGGCGGAAAUUAAACCUGCCCCCAAAGACUUCUAUCCAGAGAAAGUGAAAGCCUAUGGGCCUGGGUUGGAGAAGACUGGAUUGGCUAUUAACAAACCAGCUGAAUUUACAGUUGAUGCCAAACAUGGAGGCAAGGCUCCACUCAAUGUGUCUGUGCAAGAUGGUGAAGGAAGCCCAGUUGAGGUCACCACAAAGGAUAACGGCAAUGGAACUUACAGCUGCAGCUACAUUCCAAAGAAACCAUUAAAGCACACUGCUGUGAUAUCCUGGGGAGGGGUCAAUAUUCCAAACAGCCCCUUCAGGAUGACCAUCGGGGCUGGCAGCCAUCCCAACAAAGUGAAAGUUUACGGACCUGGUGUGGCAAAGACUGGUAUGAAGGCACAUGAGCCCACAUAUUUUACCGUGGACUGCACAGAAGCUGGUCAAGGGGAUGUCAGCAUUGGCAUUAAAUGUGCUCCUGGAGUAGUAGGACCAGCAGAAGCUGACAUAGACUUUGACAUCAUCAGGAAUGAUAAUGACACUUUCACAGUGAAAUAUACUCCACCGGGAGCUGGAAGCUACACAAUCAUGGUUCUGUUUGCUGGCCAGGCCACUCCUACAAGUCCUAUUCGCAUUAAAGUUGAUCCAUCCCACGAUGCCAGCAAAGUGAAGGCUGAUGGUCCAGGCUUGAACAAGAGUGGUGUGGAAAUUGGAAAGCCCACUCACUUCACUGUUAACACAAAGGCAGCUGGCAAAGCCAAACUAGAUGUCAAUUUUACUGGGCCAGCCAAGGGUGAUGCUGUGAAGGACUUUGACAUCAUUGAUAACCUUGACAACUCUUACACUGUGAAGUACACCCCAGUACAACAGGGUAAUUUAGGAGUGAAUGUUACUUACGGUGGCGAUCACAUUCCAAAGAGCCCAUUCCCUGUUGGCAUUGCCCCUACUCUGGACCUCAGCAAAAUCAAGGUUUCUGGACUUGGAGACAAGGUGGAAGUUGGAAAGGACCAAGAAUUUACAGUGAAAUCCAAAGGUGCUGGUGGGCAAGGCAAAGUGGCUACUAAGAUCACAGGCCCAUCUAACAAGUCGGUUCCUUGCAAAGUGGAGCCAGGCCUGAGCCCAGACAAUAGUACUGUCAAGUUCAUACCUCGAGAGGAAGGACCUUAUGAGGUUGAUGUGACCUAUGAUGGAGUUCCAGUUCCUGGCAGCCCAUUCCCUGUAGAGGCAGUUCCACCAACCAACCCUUCAAAGGUGAAGGCUUUUGGCCCUGGAUUAAAGGGAGGCAAUGUUGGCGCCCCUGCCCCAUUCACAAUCGAUACUAAAGGAGCUGGCCAGGGAGGCCUUGGCUUGACAGUAGAAGGGCCUUGUGAAGCAAAGAUAGAAUGUCUCGACAAUGGUGAUGGCACAUGUUCAGUCAACUAUCUGCCAACACAGCAUGGUGACUACAACAUCAAUAUUCUCUUUGCUGACAAACACAUUCCUGGCUCUCCUUUUAAGGCAAAGAUUGAGCCUUGCUUUGACCCUACCAAGGUGACCUGUUCUGGCCCAGGUCUAGAACAAGCUCAGGUUGGGGAAUCUGGCACAUUCAAUGUGGACUGCUCUAAUGCUGGAAGUGCUGAGUUGACCAUUGAAAUUAUCUCGGACACUGGAAUGCAGGCAGAGGUUCAUAUCCAGGACAAUGGAGAUGGCACAUACACCAUCACGUACAUCCCAUUAUACCCAGGCAUUUACACUAUUACCAUCAAGUAUGGAGGACAGAUGGUGCCAAAUUUUCCCAGCAAAUUGCAAGUUAAACCAGCAGUUGACACAUCUGGUGUUAAAGUCUAUGGACCUGGAGUUGAAGGAAAAGGCGUUUUCAGAGAAGCCACUACAGACUUUAAUGUGGAUGCUCGAGCCCUGUCUAAAGCUGGAGGGCCACAUGUUAAAACAAGAGUGUCUAAUCCUUCUGGUAACUUCACUGAUGCUUUUGUUCAGGACAAUGGUGAUGGUACUUACAAGGUGGAAUAUACUCCUUAUGAAGAAGGUGUUCAUUCUGUAGAUGUCACUUACGAUGGAAAUCCCACACCAAACAGCCCUUUCAGGGUCCCUGUAACAGAAGGUUGCGAUCCAAGCAGGGUGAGAGUUCAUGGCCCUGGUAUUCAGAAUGGAACAACAAACAAGCCCAACAAGUUUACAGUUGAAACAAGGGGAGCUGGCACUGGUGGACUUGGACUGGCUGUUGAAGGUCCAUCUGAGGCAAAGAUGUCCUGCACAGAUAACAAGGAUGGCAGUUGUUCUGUGGAAUACAUUCCAUAUGAGCCAGGCACUUACAGCUUAAACGUCACCUAUGGUGGUCACCAGGUUCCUGGAAGUCCCUUCAAGGUUCCAGUUACUGAUGUUGUUGAUAGUAGCAAAGUGAAGUGUUCUGGUCCAGGAUUGAGCCCAGGACUUGUCAGAGCAAAUGUCCCACAAUCCUUCACAGUUGACACAAGCAAAGCCGGUGUUGCUCCACUGCAAGUUAAAGUGCAAGGACCAAAGGGUCUUGUGGAACCUGUGGAGGUUGUAGAUAAUGGUGACGGAACUCAGACUGUUAACUAUGUGCCUAGCCGUGAGGGGCCAUACAACAUUGCUGUGCAGUAUGGUGAUGACGAGGUGCCACGCAGCCCAUUUAAAGUGAAGGUUUUGCCUACUCACGAUGCCAGCAAGGUGAAAGCUAGUGGACCAGGAUUAAACACUACUGGUGUGCCAGCCAGUUUGCCUGUAGAAUUUACCAUUGAUGCCAAGGAUGCUGGCGAAGGUCUCCUUGCUGUACAGAUCACUGAUCCCGAAGGCAAACCAAAGAAGGCUACCAUCCGUGACAACCAAGAUGGCACCUAUACAGUGUCCUAUGUGCCAGAUAUGACUGGACGGUACACUAUUCUCAUCAAAUAUGGAGGCGAUGAGAUCCCAUACUCUCCUUACCGUAUUCGUGCUGUUCCAACAGGAGAUGCCAGCAAAUGCACAGUGACAGUGUCAAUCGGAGGUCACGGGCUAGGUGCCGGCGUCGGACCCACAAUCCAAAUUGGCGAGGAGACUGUAAUCACAGUUGAUGCCAAGGCAGCUGGCAAGGGUAAAGUGACAUGUACUGUGUGCACACCAGACGGCACUGAGGUAGAUGUGGAUGUAGUAGAAAAUGAAGAUGGAACCUUUGACAUUUUCUACACUGCUCCUCAGCCUGGCAAAUACGUGAUCUGUGUGCGCUUUGGAGGGGAACACAUCCCAAACAGCCCUUUCCAGGUUACGGCUCUGGACGGCGAGCAAAUGAUGCCUCAGCAGAUGGUUCAGCAGCAGUUACCCCCAACUUACGCAUACCCGGGCAUGCAGCAACCCUGGGCUACAGACCGCCCUGUUAUGGGUGUGAAUGGACUGGAUGUUGCAGGGCUAAGGCCUUUUGAUCUGGUUAUUCCUUUUACCAUUAAGAAAGGGGAGAUCACAGGUGAAGUCCGUAUGCCCUCUGGGAAGGUGGCAAAGCCUGAUAUCACUGACAACAAAGAUGGAACAGUCACUGUAAGAUAUGCUCCUACUGAAGCUGGCCUUCAUGAGAUGGACAUAAAGUAUGAUGGCCUUCACAUCCCAGGAAGCCCAUUGCAGUUUUAUGUGGAUUAUGUCAACAGUGGCCAUGUCACUGCCUAUGGCCCAGGAUUGAUUCAUGGCACAGUGAAUAAACCCGCUGUAUUUACAGUGAACACUAAGGAUGCUGGUGAAGGUGGCCUUUCACUGGCCAUUGAGGGUCCUUCUAAAGCGGAGAUUAGCUGUACAGAUAACCAAGAUGGAACAUGUAGUGUGUCUUAUUUUCCUGUCCUUCCGGGAGACUACAACAUCCUUGUCAAGUACAACAACAAGCAUAUUCCCGGCAGUCCAUUCGUUGCCAAAAUUACCGGUGAUGACACAAUGCGCAUGUCUCAGCUGAAAGUUGGGUCUACUGCUGAUAUCCCUCUGAACAUCACAGAAACUGAUUUGAGCCAGCUAACGGCCACAGUGACUUCUCCCUCAGGCAGAGAAGAGCCUUGUCACCUCAAGAGACUCCGCAAUGGACACAUUGGUAUCUCAUUUGUGCCCAAGGAGACUGGAGAGCACAUAGUCAGCAUUAAGAAGCAUGGGCAGCAUAUCCCCAACAGUCCCAUCACUGUGAUGAUCAGCCAGUCAGAGAUUGGUGAUGCCAGUCGGGUGGUGGUCUCUGGCCAGGGUCUGACUGAAGGGAGGACUUUUGAACCAGCAGAGUUCAUCAUUGACACAAGAGAAGCAGGAUAUGGUGGCCUCAGUCUGUCUAUUGAAGGGCCCAGCAAAGUUGAUAUUAACACUGAGGAUCUGGAAGACGGCACCUGCAAAGUUACCUACUGCCCAACCGAGCCUGGAAACUACAUCAUCAAUAUAAAGUUUGCUGAUCAGCAUGUGCCAGGCAGUCCAUUCUGUGUCAAAGUGACGGGUGAAGGAAGGAUGAAGGAGAGCAUCACCCGCAGGAGAACGGCACCAUCUGUUGCCAACAUUGGUAGUCAGUGUGACCUCAGUCUGAAAAUACCUGAAAUCAGCAUCCAUGACAUGACUGCCCAGGUCACAAGUCCAUCUGGCAAGAUUCACGAUGCAGAAAUCAUGGAGGGCGAGAACAACACCUACUGUAUCCGAUUUGUUCCAAAGGAGAUGGGAGUUCACACAGUCAGUGUAAAGUACAAGGGCCAGCAUGUCCCAGGCAGUCCCUUCCAGUUCACUGUAGGGCCUCUGGGUGAAGGAGGAGCACACAAGGUGCGAGCUGGUGGCCCUGGAUUGGAGAGAGCAGAGGUUGGAACCCCAGCGGAGUUCAGUAUUUGGACACGAGAAGCCGGUGCUGGAGGUCUCUCCAUUGCUGUGGAAGGACCCAGCAAAGCUGAAAUUGCAUUUGAAGACAGAAAAGAUGGAUCUUGUGGAGUGUCCUAUAUCGUGCAGGAGCCAGGAGAUUAUGAAGUUUCUGUCAAGUUUAAUGAUGAACACAUCCCGGACAGCCCGUUUGUGGUUCCAGUGGGCUCCACGUCAGAUGAUGCUCGCCGACUCACUGUUUCUAGUCUUCAGGAGUCAGGGUUAAAGGUCAACCAACCAGCCUCUUUUGCAGUAAGUCUUAAUGGUGCCAAAGGAGUUCUAGAUGCCAAAGUUCACAGUCCCUCUGGGGCUUUGGAGGAGUGCUGGGUGACAGAAAUCGAUGAAGAUAAAUAUGCUGUACGCUUUAUUCCUCGUGAGAAUGGGCUCUAUCUUAUCGAUGUCAAGUUCAAUGGCUCUCACAUCCCUGGCAGCCCCUUCAAAAUCCGUGUUGGAGAUCCUAGCCAGGCUGGUGAUCCAGGAAUGGUGUCUGCUUAUGGUGCAGGAUUAGAAGGUGGCACCACAGGAAAUGCUGCAGAGUUUAUCGUCAAUACCACAAAGGCAGGUGCUGGGGCCUUGACUGUUACGAUUGAUGGUCCUUCUAAGGUCAAAAUGGAUUGCCAGGAGUGUGCAGAGGGCUACAAGGUCACAUAUACUCCAAUGGCUCCUGGAAGCUACCUGAUCUCAAUAAAGUACGGUGGUCCUUAUCACAUUGUGGGAAGCCCAUUCAAAGCAAAGGUUACUGGGCCUCGCUUGGUAACAAGCCACAACCUUCAUGAGUCCUCUUCAGUGUUUGUAGACUCUGUCACAAAAUCAGAGGCCUUUACACAACAAGGAGCCUUACCUAGAGUGUCAUCAGAUGCAAGCAAAGUAGUUGCAAAGGGUCUUGGUCUGAACAAAGCCUUUGUUGGUCAGAAGAAUUCAUUCACGGUAGACUGCAGCAAAGCUGGUAACAACAUGCUGCUUGUUGGGGUCCAUGGACCAAAAACCCCAUGUGAAGAGAUUGUGGUUAAACAUCUUGGAAACCGGUUGUACAAUGUUACGUACCUCCUGAAGGACAAGGGUGAUUACAUCCUGGUGGUCAAAUGGGGAGAUGAGCACAUUCCAGGCAGCCCAUACCAUGUGUCUGUGCCUUAAUCCACCACCCAACAUUAUCCCCUCGUCCUGACUCCAAACCCCCCUUACCCCUGUGUGCAUGUCCGAUGUACAGCUGCCCUACUUUCAACCUCCCUAUCACAGGGUUUCAGAGGUCACCUCGGGUAUGGGGGUCUUGCUUAGCUGGUUCCGAGUUUAUGCAAUGGCCAUAUUAACCCCCCCGUGGCACUGAAGGGGCAAAGUGUGAACGGGUGCAUUAGGUCAUAUUGUGAGGGUAGAGGCAUGGUCAGUCAUGCUGGAGAGCAGCUUUAUGGUGAACCUGGCACUUUUUUAAGGAAAAAUUCUGUAGUCCUCUUGGAGAUAGCUGCUAACAGUCAAGGGCCAUCCCCUGCCCUCAAAGGGCUGCUUUGUACAGUAUACCAUAUGCUCCCGUGUGCUACAGUGCCCCCUUGUAAUUGUUUACAUGUUCUGCCUUACCUUUAAAUUGUUGUAAGGGAUAAGGGAUUUCUUAGAUGGCAAUAAGGAUUUAAUGGGAGAGCAGGAGACCUGAUGAAGCAUCGAUUACUAAUGUAGCCUUUUAAAACUCCUCCCAAAGUCCCUUGCUAGUAUUUUUAUAUAUAUUUUUCUAAACCCUUUGGAGUGCUCUAGCGUUUCAGAAGUAAGAGCAUUCCAGUAGAUGAAAACAUUAUAAGCAACCACUACCUUUUUAGACUGCAGAUCACUAAAGUUGUGCUGGUCCUAUUUUUGUCCUUGCCUUUAAGCAGAGAAGAUCCCCUCUUUUGCUGGGGUCUGUCUCCCCUCACCCUUCUGUUGAUCUGUCUGUCUGUUUUUAAUGUUGUCCUGAGAUGCUUCAUUGGGUUGCUGGCUGGUUCACCUACCAAAGGCCACUCCAAUUGGUUUGCUAACCAAAUCUUGACUUCACUUUUUUUUUUCCAAAAAUAAAGAAUUUUUUUUUGUUUUGUGCACGACUACAGUACUUUGCUCUUAAUGAAUAACAAUAAAGUUCUGCUUUUAAUCCUCA